GCCCCCGUACGAGUGUCGUAUCAUGCACGAUUGGACGCGAUGAGGAAAGCGAGCAGUAACCAACUGUGUAAAGUAUUGCUGAUUCUGUGCUGUGGCAUGGCGAUCACGACGACGACAGCUGAAAAAGGCAGUGCUGCUUAUGUGAGCACUUCCGACAAGAAGCGAGUUCAAGUUUUUCUCGACUGCGGUUCUCAGUACAUUACGAUCAACCUGAAAUUCAACUCUUCGUACACGCCAUGGUUCAACGAUUGGAUUCUCGUCGGAAAUUCAGACCGACCAGCAUGCAGAAUCAAAGGCGACGGUGGCCUCAACUACCUAAUCGAAGUACCGAUCUUCAACGACCCUUGUGGCUUGCAGAGACCCAACACGAACACGUUUGAAACCGUGCUCAGCAUCACUCGGCUACCGAACGUGAUUCUGGACGGCGACGAAACCGUGAAGAUCCGAUGCAUAUACGGACCUCCGGCAAUCGGAACGCCGAUCAUUCCAGAAAUACCUCCACCGGAAGCCAUACUACCGUACAGCACCCUUUAUCCGCCGUUCGAAGUGACCGAGAAGGCGGCCAAGUCAGAUCUGUCCUCGUGGCAUGUCUACCUGGUGACAGCCAUCGUGCUAUCUCUGAUCCUGGCCAUCAUCAUCUGCUGUUGUCUGUACUUCUGUAUGAAGACGAGGAAGUCGCGCCUGGACAACAGACGCAAGUUCUUUCGCAGCGCUCCUCCCGGUGCCAAGUUGAGCGCGGACGACAUCGGCCGCUUUUGGUGGACGGCCCGCAGUAGUGCGUCCAACGACCCCCUCAUGUCACACAACCUGAUGCUGGUCAACAACAGCACGGUUAGCAAGCCACUGUCGGUAAACAGCGACUACGCGAACGCGGCGAUGUCCAGCGCUAGUCGCACGUCGUCGUUGUCAACGCCGGGUGUUACUCGCCUAUCGCCUCAGUUACUAGGAUACGCAGAUUCGCAAGUAAGCAGUGCGGGUACAACGUGCGAACACGGCACUGUCAAUCGGCAGCAAGUCGCUCCGCUAGAUGACAUAGCAUCCAGCAGUAACCGGGAUGACCGAUCUAGUGCUGUUUACGCGUCGAUCAGUUGUCAGAAAAAAACGAUGGCCAAGGGAUCAGGUCAUGGCGCCGAUGGUCGGUCACCGUCUAGCAGCACGAAAGCGCCUACGGAAAUGAUCGAGUCGGUCUCUCAGCUGUACUCAAGCCGCCUGGCCACCGAGUUCAAACGAAAAAAUCGAGAUAUAAGCAGCGAGGUCACUCAGCCUUCUUACGCAACUGCUCCUGACUCGAACAGCACGCCGGUCGAGGAAUACGUCCGGGUAGUCAGCGAGGCGAUUAAGCUGGGCACAGUAGAACUGUCGGACGAAGACGGAGCGAAGUGGGCGCGUACGGUACGCGGCGAUUGUGAUUUGCAAGAACUGUUGGUCACGUGCAGGACAUACGAGGAUUUCAAGGUGAUCAGCUGCAUCUCGCACUAUAAGCAAUUGUUUCCACGCGAAAAGUGGGAAGCGAUCGUGAAAAUCUUGUCGCACGUCGCGUUGCGGCGCGACAAAUGCCAACGGCGUUUCCAGCGGCCGCCAUGGCCGUCUGUUUCGGGGACAACGUUCUCGCCCGCCGCGUCUGGGUCUCCUCUGAGCGCCGUCGAGAAAACGGCGGCUGUUACAGCAUCGGCGUCCUCCGUGAAGGGCACAGACUCGAGCGGUUUUCACUCGUUCGGCAGCACCCCGUUAGAACGCAUAUUCACCCGCGAUUCCUACUGCCAGGUGGAGGACGAAAUGCAGAACGUGCAGCGCGGUGAGCAGCGUUGUCUGGAGAAGGGAACCGCCGAACUGUUCGAGUCAAACUCGCAGUUUCGUGGCCUCGGCGAAAAACAGCGCUUGGAAAUGCGGCGACGAACGACGACGACUGGCCGCGACGACGCAGCCGAAGCCGCAAGCGGCAAAUCCUCCUUUCCAGAGUUACCGUCGCUCAGGUUCUAUCAUUACGCUGUUGGCAACAAGUGUUUCGCGAACGACAACGAGAACGAGAGCAGUUUCAGCAGCAGCACGUCCGUCGUCAACAUAUGA